AUGGCGAGAACCAGCAGAAUGGCGCAUCGUUGUGGCGGGAUCAGGUCCAAAGCCCGGAAGUUGAUGGCAGUUUGCAUGGGUGGAGUUCUGUUGUUUUCGGGUGGAGGAGCUGUUUCAGCCGAGUCUGUGGAGGGUCUUCUGCGUCGGAAUUUGGUUUCCUCGCCACGCGAUACUGGUGCGGAAACGGACACUGUAGAAAAUGUUGCAACAUGCACUCUGGAGGAAAACCCGGUCUCGGUUAGGGCGAGUAGCUCAUCAUUGACGCUCUCACUGUCACAGGGCACCCUGUCAGCCACCGUUCAAUGUCAAGGUGAUGGCUACACAUUUGUGCCUUCCGAAGAGACGCACGUCUGCGGCGCACACGCGGCUGGUUCCAAAGGAGGUAGCGGGGCCGUUUCCUGCAACAUUGGUAGCGACAACAUGGGAAAUCCUGUGACGCUGCAACACCUCCUCGGGACAAGCAACACGGUCCAGUGGACAAAAAAGGCUCUUUCUCAUAAUGAGAACCAGGGAGAACAACGGACGCUCACCCUAACUCAAGCAGACCUUCCUCGAACAGACAAAUCAUUCAUGGUCGGAUGUCAAAAAAGUGCCAAAUCCCCAUGCAAAGUCACAGUCAAUGUGAAUGCAAGGCCAUCAUCUGUAGAUGACAAAAAUGUAGUCACCUGUGCAUACGGCAAGGACAGCAAUCCGAAGCCCGUUGAAGUCGAAAUGUCAGAAGACAAAAACACUCUCACCAUUGACUGUGGCACCAACGCAUCGAUGUAUCCUCAGGACUACACGUCUCACUACUGCGCCCCCGAAUCAGAAAGCAAGGAACAAUGCAUAAAGAAGAACUAUUCCGAUGUUCUCGGAACUUUUGACAGCAGCUGGUGGAGCACACAACAAAAUGGUAUCUCGGCUACUCUAACUAUCCCCAAGACAGACUUCCCGCCUGAAGACCAGAGCCUGCUCGUAGCCUGUGUUCCGGAGUCACUAUCUACGGAAAACACCAAGAAGGCGAAUAGUAUACCUCACUCUGUGACUGGGAUUACCGCUUGCCGUGUGCUUGUGACUGUCAAGAAGGCCAACUCCGCCUCCACUGCAUCGCCCUCUCCGCACGCAAUAGCUACAGCCUCUGGAGCGGCUCUCCUCGCGGGGUUUCUUGCGGGGUCCUUCUAG